AUGGCGGCCUUUGCAUCGUCUGGCUUUGAUGCCGAAAGGUACUUUUCGAGCCGACCGACGUACAGCCAAAAGAUCUUUGACCUCAUCUACGCCUACCAUGACUUACACCGAGGCAGCAGCGGCGAUAGAGACAAGCCUGCUGCAGCCGUGGCAGGGGGCUACGACACUGCGCUGGACCUUGGGUGCGGGCCUGGCCAGUUGUCACACCCUCUGCUGGCGCGAUUCCGGCAUGUGAUCGGGAUGGACCCCUCGGCCAAGAUGCUGGAGCAGGCUAGGUCCGUGCGCGAACCGUGGAAGGUGUUUGCUGGUGGACAACGGCCGCCCGAGGCGCACACGAUUGAGUUUCGACAGGGGACAGGGGAGCAGACGGGCUUGGAGAAUCAUUCGGUCGAUUUGGUCACUGCCGGCGUCGCUGCCCAUUUGUUCGACUGGUUCGCGGAGCCCGAUGGCCAGCGUGUGUGGCGAGAUCUGGCGCGCAUCAUGCGGCCACAUGCCUCGGUCUGCUUCUUUGGCUAUUACUGCGGCCACGUCCGCGACGCCAAGAUGGCCCGCUUCAACGAAUUGAUGGUCCGCGUCUUCUCCGACGAGGACAAGCUGGGGCCUUACUAUCGGGAUGAGGGCCAACGUGAGGCCCCUGCCGGCUUUGUCAAGACCUUUUACGAUCCCAUGCCGCACCCAUCGGGCCCGCAAUGGGUUCAGGAGGCAACCACGCACCUCAAACUCGAGGUGGACCCGUCGCUCGAGCGGCAGACCACUCCCUCCUCAGAGCCUGUUCCAGCGUGGGUCAAGGAUGUCCUGGGAGACGAAGCCAGGUCACCCAUGGUCAUGAGAAAACCACUGCGUUUCCGCCUGGGCCUCUUCCGGACCGCUUCGGGCUACACCAAGUUCCUCGAGGCGCACCCGGAUCAGGUGCCGCUAGUGGCCAAGAACGAGGAUGCAUGCCAGAAGUGGGCCGAGGAGGCUCGAUGGGCCCAGGCGCGCCUUACAGCCGCUCAGCAGCUGGAUAAAGACGAGUCUGCAGUCAAUGACGACGAAGCGAGGCAGUAUCUCGUCGACUGGGACAAAGAGGUGGACUUCUACUUUCCCCUCGCCGUACUCCUCUGUAAGCGAUCGUCGCAGUGA